UCUAUGGGCGAGUUGUUUCGGAACCGCAAAGUUAAUGUUUGUUGAUUUUGGUCGUUAAGAAUUCAGAAAGAUAUAGAAAAAUGGCAGCUGUAAAUGAUCCAUGGAUGCAAAUCGUGGCCAACAUUGGUCUUGGAGCAUUUAGCCACCCUAUGGGAUAUGUGAAAACGUUGAUUCAGCUGGGUUAUGAACCUCUUCCCCCUCGCUUGGGAAGGAAUGCCUUUUUCAGAGAAUGCUAUCAGCUGCCAGGAUUUUUUCCUUAUGUAAGACAUAUAUACAGAGUAGACGGUUUCACUGGCCUGUACCGUGGGUUCUUUCCUGCUCUUUGUCAGAACUUCAUCGCUGGCGGUGUCCUAAGAUCAGUUUCUGAGAAACUUGAUGAGCUGUUCCCCGUUGAAGAUGAAAGUGAAAAGAAAGCCCUUGCCAAGAAGAGACCUGAACUGGCCAGUGUGUCAUUCCAUACAUUCAUGCUUCAGAUGUCCAAGGAUUCUGUGGCUCACUUCUGUGCCGUUGUUGUAACGCAACCGUUCAAUGUCGUCAUGGUCCGGAGCAUGGCUCAGUUUAUUGGCAGGGAAACAAAGUACAGUGGUUGGAUAUCCCCUUACUCUGAAAUCUACAAUGAUUCAGGAAUCAGAGGAUUCUUUGUAGGACUGGCUCCUAAACUAUUAUUAGACCUUCUCACCUUGUGGCUUGCCAGGACAAUGUACUACACCUUCAGCAGACUAUUCGUAGACGAUAAUAUGACAAAUGUAUCUGAGCUCAGGAGCUAUGCAAACAUCAUUACAGGUUUUCUAGCGAGUAUGAUAACCUAUCCAUUCAGCCUCAUUAGUAGUAACAUCAUUGUCAAUAAUUGUGGAUUGUUAGCCGGCACGGCCCCUUACGUACCAGUCUAUGUGAACUGGGUUGACUGCUGGAGGGACCUCAGAAAGAGAGGUCUUCUCAAGCGUGGCUCCAGCCUCUUCUUCAGACGCUACAACCCAAAGAUGGUGGUCUUCCAGCCGGAGCCGGUUACUCCUUUAGACUAGGCCAUAUCUCAACAUCUCCCCCCUCCCAAGCCCUGCAUUUCAUGACCCCACCCGCCUAUAGAGCCCCUCCCCUUUCUCCCUUCCCUAUAGAAUAGAAUUAUGUUCCUCCACUCUCUAUCGGGAUUUCGUGGUUCCAAUAUUCAAUGUUUAAACCCAUUGGCCCGUAUUCUGGAGUUAGGUUUAAUGUAGACCAUGGUCUAACUUUGUGUUUAAAGUAUGGGAAGCCAAAUGUGUCAAAAUGAUGUUUUCAUUGAAUGAUUCUAAUGCUCACUGCUCUUUCCUAAUUUUUUUAUGGUGAAGAAAACUCUUAUUCUUAUAAAAUCUUAUUCAUCCUUCCCAGACAAUUAAGAAUUAUUUGAGACUAAAAUGAGCUGAUGCAUUCAACCUCCACUGUUACAGAAUAAUGUGACAACUGGCUUUCCAUAGUUAAACCACAACUUCAAACCAGAGUUUAAAUUAAACCUGACUUCAGAAUACGGGCCAUUGGCUAUUGAAUCCUGUGACUGUACUUUCCAUACAGAUUCUAUGAUUCUCAUUGGCUUUGUACAGGGAACACCUGGCUAUAGUAGGCAAUGGGUUAACCUUUCGACUACCAAAUUCUGUGAUUUCCAUAGACUGUAUACAGAGACCAACCAGUUUCAGUUGGUAAUGGGUUAACCUGUUGACUACCGAAUUCUGUGAUUUCCAUAGACUGUAUACAGAGACCAACCAGUUUCAGUCGGUAAUGGGUUAACCUUUCGACUACUGAAUUCUGUAAGUACCAAAGGUCAUGUAAAGAGACAAGUCACGGUUCCAUUAAGCAAAAGGCUACAACCCUUCUCCCCCCCCCCUUCUCCCCUUCCCUCUCUCCCUUCACUUUCCCUCUCCCCCCUUCCCUCAGAGUUUUAAUCUCAUCUAUGAUGUAAUCGUGGUGAGAUCUAUCUAUCUAUUUUUCUCGAUAUGACCUCUGACCCCUGUUUUACUUCCUGAUCUUUGCGUAUGAAUGCAGCAAAGCUAGUCUUGAUUUUUCGCAAUAUUUUAUAUCAACUGUCCAUGAUGAUUGUCAUAUAUAUCUCGAUGAAUAAAUUCUCUUUUGUGGAUUCAGUAGGAAAAAAAUAAUAAUUAUGUAUUUCAAACUUGAGAGUAAACUUCGGCUUUAUUGAAUAACAGUCCACAUAUUUGGUAAUUCAAUGCCUAGGGACCCUUGAUGUUCAUCUCAAGAGCUAUACAAACAAUGUUCAUUAUUAUUGUGAUGAUGAUGUGUUCUUCUGCGACCACCCUGGAUAAAUUUGCAUUAGGAGCAAUGACCCGCAUCAGUUUAUCGAUGUCAUUAUAUUAUUCUUUGCGGUUGAAUGCAGAAAUUGCUUUGAAGGUUCAUUUGUACUUUUUUAGGAUUAAUUUUGCAUAUAUUUGCAUUGAACUCUUUGGCAGCUUACAGCAUUUUCAUUUUUUUUAUCCAAAUUCGAUUGGAUGGAUCUAUAAGUCAUGUUUUUAUGAAUGGAUAGUCCAUAGGCCUUCUACAAUGAAAUCAGGGGUCCGUUUGCAGAAACGCAAGUCAAAAAAUCAUUUGCAAGUCCCAAAUGCACGCUGUUGAUUGGUUGAAAAUCAAGUUGGGCAUGAUUUUUAGAGUUGCGAUUGAUUGCAACUCUUUCUGCAACAGGCUCCUGGAGAUAUUUCAUGUUAACAUUUAAGAUGCUAGAUGUAAAUUUAGAAUUUUCAUGAACACUUAAACCCGACUUGAUGGUUGAUUUACAAAGAAUUCUAAGAAUACAUACAUGUAAAAUUUUUCAACAUAUGGAGAAUGGUUUGGAAAAAAAGAGUGACAUUUGAUGUAUCAAAUAUCAAAUUUUAUGUGAUUUUGUAUUGUCCAAUUAUGAUUACCUCUCUGUUACUUUUAUUGCAAGCAAGGUCAAUGCAAUAGAUUGUUGAAGAGAAUGUAGCUCAUCAAACAUUUUAUCAAAUAAUGAAUAUAAUAUUCAGCUGUAUCACUUUGUGUGUACAGGGGUUGGUGUCAUGAAUAGUUGCAAUUAAUGUUUGCAAUUGAUUGUAACCUUUUGUACAUGGAUCACCAUAGACUUACAUUUAUGCUCAAUUGUACGAUUGAUUGAUGUUUUCAUGUCACAUGGCCCAUACCUUAUUGUCAAUG